CCCUUUCUCUUUCUCUUUCUCUUUCUCUCUCCCUCUCAUUUUCAUAUCUUUUGAGCUGCAUCAAAUAGUUUCCACGUCAAACCCAUAUUCAUCACGCCUCUUUCAGCCCACUCCAUCCUUUCCUCUCUUUUUCACUACAGUUCUCUGCUGUACCAAAUCACCCAUCUCUCUCUCAAAUGUCCAUAAACCACGUCUUUGAGUAGAAACAAUCAAACAACAAAAAUAUCAACUCAAACAACAAAAACAAAAAGUCCUUCAUGGAACCAACCCAAAGCUCCCCUUCUUCAAAGGUUCACAAGCCUUUAAUUCCCCUUGAAAACUCCUCCUGGACCUCCCAUUUCUACCCUCACCAAUCUUGGCUAAACUCCUACAACAAUCCUCGAGACCACCCUCACCAUCCCUCCAUGUUCUUCCCUUCAAAUCACCCUUCCCACGACUUCAACCUUAACCAAGAGGAAGACGAAGAACUCGACGACCAAACGUCCACUUACAACACCGAAAACCCUAACCAAAACCUUCAUGAAAACCCCCUAGGCCAUGAAAGAGAACCAAUGUUUGAAAAACCCUUAACCCCGAGUGACGUUGGCAAGCUGAACAGGCUUGUUAUCCCCAAACAACAUGCAGAGAAAUACUUCCCACUCGGCGGUGACUCGGGCGAUAAAGGGUUGCUACUGAGUUUUGAAGACGAGUCAGGCAAGUGUUGGCGUUUCCGUUACUCUUAUUGGAACAGCAGCCAAAGCUACGUGUUAACAAAAGGGUGGAGCAAAUACGUGAAAGAGAAGCAACUUGAUGCUGGUGACAUUAUUUUAUUCGAACGACACCGUACGUAUAGUGAUAGAUUGUUUAUAGGAUGGAGGAGGCGCGGUGCGGCAGCGGCGGUUGCAGCGGCAGCAGCGGAUGGCGGUAACGCCGUGAUGGGGAAUAAUAGCGGUGGUGGCGGUGACAAUGAGGGGUGGAGUAUUAUAGGAUUGUAUGAAGGGCAUCCUAAUCUUGGGCACAUUGAAGGCCAUGGGUCUAUUGCGCCAUACCAACCUGACUGCCUUCAUGCAGGAAGCAUGGCUCAAAAUGCAGCACCAGCUGGGAACCCAAAGAGGUUGCUGCGGCUAUUUGGGGUGAACCUAGAGUGCCAGCUCGACGACUCCGAGCCAUCCACGCCUGAUAUGUCGUCGGUGUCGAGUCAGGGUCCAACCACCCACCAGUUUUACUCUCAGUCCUACGCUUCAAAUUAUAUGAGAUAUCAACCAGAUGAGAAACCAUCGAGGAUAAGAUUUGAAGAUGUGACAUCCAAGAUUUGACUUAAUUGAAUCCCACGCGGAAGGUCAAAAGAAAAUACUAUUAGUAUAUGAGAAAAGAAAAGAAAUAUAUAUAUAUAUAUAUGUUCUG